AUGGCCCUCAAACGACGCAUCUCUCGCCGUCAAGCAGCCGACGACGACGACGACGGCGAAGGCGACGGCGUGGAUGGCCGUUUGUUGCCCGCCAAGCGUCACCGUCUCGCGUCCCACGACCUCAUUUCUACCCUCUCCGACGAACUGCUCGUCCGCAUCCUGGCCUUCCUGGACGAGCGCGUCCUGCUCGCCAUUUCUCCCGUCUCCAGACGCUUCCAUCGCAUCACCUCGGACUCGCAGCUCUGGCGGCCCCACUACUAUCGUCGCUUCAUCCUCCCCCGCGCCCACCGCAUCCCCGGAUUCCGCGCUGGGGCCACUGCCGCCUCCACCUCCCGCCAACCCUCCAUCCCGGCCGACCCCGAAUGGGAACGUCGCCGCCGAGGCUUCAUCGACGCCGCCGCCGCCGCCGACUCGUCGGCCGCCCUUGUCCAUCAAGUGGACUGGAAGAAGCAGUACAAGCUGCGCCACAACUGGGCCCGCGGCAGAUGCGCCGUCGAUCAAGUCCCUGUCCACGGCGUCGACCGAAGCCCGCCUCCCGAGUGGCAGACCCUCGUCAAGGUCGUCGAGGGACUCGCCGUCACGGCCGAUGGCCAGACCGGCCUGCGGGCAUGGGACCUCAAGACGCGCAAGCUCAUUGCCCAGACAAGUCUCGUGGCCGCCGGCGACGUGCUCGUGUCGCCCACCUGUCUAGCCGUCGAUGACCAGCGGCUGGCUGCAGGCGUGCUGGACAUGUCGGCCGGCUUUCACGACGGCACCUUUGGCGUGUGGAGGCUCGACGUUGAGCAGAGCAGACUGACGCUGUUGUUCCGGCAGACCAAGAGCUACCUGGGGCACCUUGUGGCGAUAGCUUACCGCCACCCGUACGUCUUGACGGCCACGAGCCUAGGAUUCAUUUCGCUCUACACCUUUGACUUUUCCGACGACGACGACAAACACUGCUCCGACCCCGAUGCGACGUCCGCCGAGUCGAUGCGGUCCAGAGGCAUGGCCGCAGAAAAGAGUACCGGCGACGCACUUCUCCCCGCGCCGCACCAGCUGACCUCGCUCAAGUCGCACAGCACGCGGCUCCCGCUUGCCCUGUCCCUGCGCAAGACGGCCACUUCGGUGGUGGCCUCGAUUGUCUACACGUUUGACGGCGUUGGCGGCUGGGCCAUUGGCAUUCAAGACUUGGACAUUCGCCAGCCAGCGGGACCAUCAAGACCUGACGUGGUUAACUCGAGGGUCGCCUACACGCUCCCGACGCAGACGCGCAAGUCUGCGACACCCUCGGCCGAGUCGACGCCCGCACGCUCACCCGGCCAAGUCUUGGACUCGGGCGAAAACGGACCCAUCCGGCUCUGCUACAGCCACCCCUACCUGCUAGCCACGCUGCCCGACAACUGCAUGGUGCUGCAUCUCUGCACCUCGACGGCCACCUCGCUCACCAUCUCGCCCGGGAUCCGCCUCUGGGGCCACACGUCGGGCAUCUCGGACGCAGAAAUCACCCCCCGCGGAAAGGCCGUCAGCGUCAGUACCCGCGGCGAUGAGAUCCGCCUCUGGGAGCUCGAGGGCCGCGUCGGCGGGAGCAGCGUCGAGGUCCGGCCCCGGCCCCCGACCGAUGGCGCAGGCGACGCAGUCGACAAGAACUUGUGGUUUCCGGACAAUACUAACGUGACGGACAGGAAGAACUGGGUCGGGUUUGAUAACGAAAUGGUCGUUGUUCUCAAAGAGGCCGAGGACGGCAGAGAGAGCUUGGUCGUUUACGACUUUACCUGA